GAUACAGAACCAUUCACCUCACAUUGGUUAAAUUUGCUGGGAAGACGAGAGAUGAAUUUGCAAGAAACGCAUAUUGAUGCAGCUCUGGGCUUACUUUGGUUGAGAAGAAACAAGGAUCCUGUUUAUUUUCACAACAAGAGACUUCCCAAAUCAACCCUUGUGAGGCCAGACUUCUUUUCAAAUUUGAAAGCUGCAUACUUCAAUUUCAAGAAGGAUAACUUUAAAUCACAAUAUGUGUUUCCAAAAGAAGUCACUGAUAUUGUGAGUGGGAAGUUGCCUUCGGUUUGUCUUCCUACUGAGAAGUGGCAGGAUCUCGAUGGAGUUUAUGGUAUUGCCUAUAACUCUACAUACAAACGGUUCAUUGGUAUGGAAAUAAGCUUCAAGUCUAGGAAGAUUACUGUUUUUGAUUGUCGAACUCAUGAGAGUAAAGGUGACUUGGUGGAAACUCAUGUUAAGCCAAUUGCAGAGAUGAUACCUUACCUCUUAGGCACUGAAAGAAACAGAGGAACACUUGAUCUAUCUCCAUUUAAAGUCUUAUGCCCUAAGAAGUUCUUUCGUCGCAUUAAGAGUGAAGCAAACUGUGGAUUAUUCAUCCUCAAAAUGGUGGAAUGCCACUCAAUGGGCGUAGAAGAGAUGAUGAGUAAGCUUCAAGAAGAGGUUUCAGAAGAUAUUAGAGCCAAGUUAUGUUUUGAUAUCUAUCAUGAUAUCAUUCUUAAGAAGAUUGAGAUGUUUAGAGGUUGAUUUUUUGUUUUCAGAUGGUAGACUUUUCUUUGGAUUUAUAAGUUUACAAUGGAUUUAUUGGAAUCAUAUGUUGUGUGUUUUGGGAUUAUGAUUUAAAUGUUAAAGAUACUUA